UUGCAGAUAACGCCCCCCGCCUGAUGUGCUGGGAGGUCUGUCGGCCAGGCGCUGCCCGCCGUGAGGGACCCUGGAGGCCCCGGGUGCCGUGUCCCCUCAGGGGCGGUCAGGACACCCCUGCGUGGUGUGUGCCUCAGGAGUCAGUGUCCCGCGGGGCUCAGGAUGAAGAGGGCUCUGGCUCUGGUCGGCCUGGCCUUCCUGUCGGUGCUGCGAGCUGGACGCCCUCAGCAGACGGCGGACGACGCCUGCUCCGUGCAGAUCCUUGUCCCCGGCCUCAAAGGCGAUGCUGGCGAGAAGGGGGACAAAGGCGCGCCGGGACGGCCUGGACGAGUGGGCCCCACAGGAGAGAAAGGAGACGUGGGUGACAAAGGACAGAAAGGCGGCGUGGGUCGCCAUGGAAAAAUUGGUCCCAUUGGUUCUAAAGGUGAAAAAGGAGAUUCUGGUGACAUAGGACCCCCUGGCCCUAGUGGAGAACCAGGCGUCCCCUGCGAGUGCGGCCAGCUGAGGCAGGCCAUCGGCGAGAUGGACAACCUGGUCUCCCAGCUGACGGCGGAGCUGAAGUUCCUAAAAAACGCGGUGGCCGGCGUGCGCGAGACGGAGCAGAAGGUGUACCUGCUGGUGAAGGAGGAGAAGAGGUACGUGGACGCGCAGCUGGCCUGCCAGGGCCGGGGCGGCACGCUGGGCAUGCCCAAGGACGAGGCCGCCAACGGCCUGCUGGCCGCCUACAUCGCGCAGGCCGGCCUGGCCCGCGUCUUCAUCGGCAUCAACGACCUGGAGCGGGAGGGCACCUUCGUCUACGCGGACCGCUCGCCCAUGCAGACCUUCAACAAGUGGCGCAGCGGGGAGCCCAACAACGCCUACGACGAGGAGGACUGCGUGGAGCUGGUGGCCUCGGGGGGCUGGAACGACGUGGCCUGCCACCUGACCAUGCACUUCCUCUGCGAGUUCGACAAGGAGCACGUGUAGCGCGGGCUCGGCUUCUCCAGGGGCCGCGGGGCCGCCUCCGCGAUGCGCGGGUGGGGGUUCUUCCCAACACGGGGUCCCCGAGCAGGAGCGCAGGGCUCCCCGCAAAGGCUCCUUUUCUGAAUCUUGGAGCAUGGUGCGUGCUUAGACGAAAAGGCGGUGUUUCUGGGUAUUAUUUCUGAAGAACUAACGUUUUAUUCACUGUGUUGUCGCCAGAAUGUUCAUCACGUAAUUGUUACUCACAAUUGCUCUUGGCUUUGUCCGAAGUAUAAAAGGAAAUCUUUGAAUAUUGCAGCUGUUAGUACAAACAACGGUAGUGAGGUCUUAAGUUCCUGUCAUCCUUUUAAUUUCUAUAUGGAGAAGGAUCCUUUUUGACCAAUGCUUCUGCAAAGCACAUUAAAAUAUACAUUCCUUUUCACUAUUAGCCAAGUAGGAACAAUUUUGCUUUGCUGCAAACCCAGUUUCCAGGAAAAAGAAAAAGAAAAUCUGUGGAAUUGAAACCGAA